AUGCUAGAUCAGAUUAUCAAAGGCACUGCACUAUCGCUACACAAUGCUGCAUUACUCGCGCAAGAUAAUGCGAAUCUACGCGCAGCCAAUGGGAAGAUCGUCAAGAUGCGCAAUCGGCCGCAUAAGCAGAUACCAUGCGAAGAGGGUUUGACCGUUGAAGAGGGCCUACAGCUAGUUUCGCAGCUAGAUUUACCACUCGAAGCGCCUGUGGUAGAAUCGCAUCCGCAGGGCGAUUUGCCUAUUGAAAGCAAGGACAAGGCCUUUGACGGCCUGGUCUACCAGGAUGCACCAAUGCCGAAAGUCGGUGAGAGCGAGGUGCUGGGCAAAUACCCGUUCCCGUGUAACUUCCCCGUCGUUCCCGCUUCCGACGGGGCCGGCGAGGUUGUUGAAGUCGGUUCAAAGGUCACCGAGUUUAAGAAAGGCGAUCAGGUGGCAACUCUUUUCAAUCAGGGACAUCAGUAUGGCGACAUUGAUAUUCCGGCGACAUAUACCGGGUUGGGUGGUAUGAUUGACGGAGCUCUGCGUGAAUAUGGAGUAUUCAACGAGAAGGGGCUUGUGAAGGCUGCUAAAAAUCUCACCCCUCUCGAGAAUAGCACACUUACGUGUGCUGCUCUGACGAGUUGGAAUGCUCUAUAUGGACUGAAGCCUCUGAAGCCCGGCCAGACUGUUCUGGUCCAAGGAACCGGUGGUGUCAGCAUGUUCGGCUUGCAGUUUGCGAAAGCCGCUGGUGCCACUGUGAUCGCAACGACUUCCUCCGACGAGAAGGGCGAGAAACUCAAGAAGCUCGGUGCUGACCAUGUCAUCAACUACAAGACCGACCCGAACUGGGGCGAGGCCGCUCGCAAGUUGACCCCGGAUUGCGCGGGCGUGGAUCAUAUCAUUGAGGUUGGGGGACCCGGAACCAUGCGCCAGAGCUUCAACUGUAUUAAGUUCGAGGGUGUCAUCAGCGUGAUUGGCUUCCUGGGUGGCGUCAAGGCUGAGGGCCAACCCACACUCUUGGACACACUGAGCAACAUUUGCACCGUCCGUGGUGUGUAUGUGGGGAGCAAGGCCCUCAUGUGCGACAUGAUCCGCGCAAUUGAGGCCAACGAUAUCCACCCGGUUUUGGAUGAGAAGGUCUUCACUCUUGAGCAGGCCCGGGAGGCCUAUGAGUAUAUGUGGGCACAAAAGCAUUUUGGAAAGUUGACUGUCAAGAUUCACUAA